CGGCUGACUUGACCAAGCUCCUGGUCGCGCACUCGCGCUGCCGGUUGUUGCUCUCGCCUCGCCGCCAAGGAAGCGCAAGACGAAAUUGGCAGCCGCCUGCGCCUGAUCCCGCUCUAGCUCAAACCCUCGAUGGGCCAAGGCCAGAGCCAGCCCGACCAAGCAAUGGAAGAGCCUUCGCCUCCUGUCGCCGAGGCGCCGCCGCCGCAGUCUCCUGCCCCGGCGUCCUCCCUCGAGGCGCUCGCAGCAGAGGCUAUGUCAUUUGGUGAGAAUGACAAUGAGGAGUCAAUUGAUGUGAAGGUACAGAAAGCUUUGGAAUGUCCGUGUAUAGCUGAUUUAAAACAUGGGCCUUGUGGAAGCGGUUUUGUUGAUGCAUUUUCCUGCUUCCUGAGGAGCACAGAAGAAGAGAAGGGAUCAGAUUGUGUGAAGCCCUUUAUCGCAUUGCAGAACUGCAUCAAGGAAAAUCCAGCGGCAUUUUCUAAGGAGAUUUUGGAGGAGGAGGAGAAUGACGAAGAGGCUGAGAAGUCCAACCUGAAAGUUAGACCUCCAGCAUGGUCUAGAGAGGCAAAGCCAAAGCUUUGAGAUCUCGUGGUGUAUUACACAGACAGCCUGAUACGGAGAUUCCUCCGGGACUGGCACCCUGCAUCUUGUUUCUCCAAUAUUCCGCUGUAAUAGGUUCAUUUCAGUUAGCAGAGUAAGCAAAGCAUCCAGGAUUCUUCAGCAAUAACUGUGUGGUAGAAACAUUUCAAUAUUUUUUGGAGAAGAUACACGUUUUUUAAAUCAACUAAAAAUAUGUAUUCGAAGUCUCCAGUUUCUAGAAAGAUUAGACGAGAUGGUAAAUAUCACGUUAUUGGAACUAUUUUCCAUCAUAAGCAACUCAUUUUGCAAAAUUGGUGAACCUAUUGUAAUAUUAUUGUGGCUCA